AUGAACGGUCGUGUACCGCGGCCGGAGUGGCAAGGGCGAGGGGUGGCCCGAUCGAUGCGCGGCACGCGGCAACGCAGCACGCACGCGGACCGCGCUUCCCGCCUUUGGGGGAUCGCUUCAAAACUUUUCGGAGGGAAACCUGCCCGCGGACGAUUCACCUCGACUGCGAGGUGUAGAAUGGUCGCUGCGGGAGCGCGCGGUACGUUAAGCCCGCAGCCCCCCCGCGCCCGCACCGCGGCCCUGCCUAACCUUGGCUUUGCUGAUGCCUAUGCCUCACGUUUGGCUGCCCAUCCAUUGCAGAUCUACGACUUCGUUGCGCCCGGC